CUCAACAAAGUCGUGAUGCUGUACUUGGAUCGAAACAAGUUGUCUGGCGAUAUUCCGUCGUCUGUUGGUAGUUUGAAGAAGUUGAACCAAUUGUAUUUGCAAGAUAACAAUCUUCAGGGUAGUAUCCCUCCAAGUCUAGGUGAGUGCCAGAGCUUGGUUUCGUUGGAUCUUUCCGUUAAUAAUCUCAUAGGCACCAUACCAGUCGAAGUUUUUAGUCUCACAUCGUUAUCAAUCUAUUUGGAUUUGUCGUGGAAGCGUCUGAGCAGUCUGCUUCCUGUGGAAGUCGGAAAUCUUAAAAAUCUUGGCCUACUAGAUGUUUCGGAAAACUUGUUAUCUAAGGAAAUUCCGAGCAGUCUAGGCAGCUGCACAAGAUUGGAGAUCUUGAACAUGCAGGGAAACUUCUUUACCGGGACUGUCCCUUUGUCUUUGAGCUCAUUAAGAGGGAUCGAGCAGUUUGAUCUCUCUCGCAAUAACUUAUCGGGCCAAAUUCCAGAAUUUUUGGAAGGCUUCAACUUCUUGCAGAAACUGAACAUGUCUUUCAACAAUCUUGAAGGCUCGGUUCCUACAAGUGGCAUUUUCAUGAAUGCUAGUGCGUUUUCUGUCCUCGGAAACAAUAAGCUUUGUGGGGGCAUUAGUGAACUAAAUCGGACCAGAUGCAGCACCAAGAAAAUCAAGAAGAAGAAAUUGCCCGUUGUGUUGAAGGUUACAAUCGGCGCAGUUUCUGGAAUUUCCGGAGUGUGUAUUUUGCUCUCUCUAUGCUUCUUCUGGUUAAGGAUGAAGAAGAAAGGGACGCAGAGGAAAGAAGUUUUGCCAGACUUCACUGAGAAUAUCCUUCUAACCCUGUCGUAUCAGAGUCUACUAAAGGCGACUGACAGCUUCUCAUCGGCAAACUUGGUUGGCAUGGGUAGUUUUGGGUCCGUUUACAAGGGGAUUCUUGAUGCACACGGAACUUUGAUCGCUGUGAAGGUGCUAAAUCUGCAAAACUGUCACGCUUCCAAGAGCUUUGUAGCCGAAUGCAAUGUCCUAAAGAAUGUCAGGCACCGCAAGCUUGUCAGAUUGCUCACGGCGUGCUCCGGUGUUGAUGACAGUGGAAACGAUUUCAAGGCUCUGGUGUACGAAUUUAUGCCUAACAGGAGCCUGGAGGAUUGGUUGCACCCGGUGGCUGGGUCAGAUAAUAAUACUGAAAAAGCAUCGAGAGUUUUGACCCUUUUUGAUAGACUUGAUAUUGGAAUCGACGUAGCAUGUGCUUUAGAUUAUCUGCACAAUCAUUGCAGAAUUCCAGUCAUCCACUGCGAUAUCAAGCCAGGGAAUGUUCUACUUGACAACGAAAUGACUGGCCAUUUAAGUGACUUCGGAUCAGCUAAAAUUUUUUCGGAAUCUUCAGUUAGCAGUGUCAAAGAUCAAUCUUUCUCAGUAGGCAUAAGAGGAACUAUUGGUUACACUGCACCAGAGCAUGGAAUGGGAAGCGGAGUGACGACGUAUGCCGAUGUAUACAGUUACGGCAUCCUACUGCUGGAAAUGUUUACUGGUAGGAGGCCCACUGAUGAUGAAUUCAAUGGGAGCUUCAACCUGCAUAACUUCGUUGUCGCGGCCUUGCCUGAAUGAGUCACAGAAAUUGUAGACCCGACAGUCAUUGCGGAUAUAGUGGAAGACUUGAGCAUUGUGGAUUCACAGAAGCAUAGCAACUUCAAGGAUAGCAAAAUUCGAGAGUGCUUAGUUUCGAUAUUCAAAAUUGGGGUUGCAUGCUCUGUUGAGCUGCCGAGGGAACGGAAGAGCAUCAGUGACGUACUAGCCGAGCUGCAUUUGGUUAGAGAAGAACUAGAGAAGUGUCUUGGCAAUAGACAGACUUCGGGCGUUCUCCAAUCAGAUAAUGAUGAGUCCAUAUCGUUUUGAUUGGUAGAACAAGGCAAGCUUAGCACCUGCAGCUUCAAAGGUUGCAGAGAAUAUUGUCCUCUGUGUAGUAUAUCUUGCAAAGGAAGAUUCCGGAAUACUUACUUCCAUCUUAAGAAUACUAGGCCAAAGAACAUCAGCUUCAUCACUGGUGUUACUCUCUUUUCCUUGUGAAGAUUUUCUUAUGAAUUUUAACACAAUGUGAAUAUAGUGACCGUGAGUGUGGUUUGGGUUUUAGGAAGUUAGCCACUUGGAACCAGGAAUGAGAGCUGAUUCUAUAUGGGUUGCAUGAGUGAAUACAUAUUUGUUUGACAAAUUUUCUAUUUAGCCUCUAUCCUCAAGCGGAUAACACCUAUGUUUGGAGAAAGUUGCUUAAAGCUAGAAUUCUUCUUAAGCCUUACAUCAAGUAUAUCAAUGGGACUGGUCGGCAUACAGUCCUAUGGUGUGAUCCAUGGCAUCCUCACGGUAAUUUCAUUGAUUCUUAUCCUCCAAGAGUGUUAUAUGAUGCUGCUUUGGGUCCUCAUUUUCUGGCAGCUUCUGUAAUAAAUGUAAAUGAGUGGGUUUGAGCUUCAACAAGAUCUGAGGUGUUGGUGCAGAUUUAAGGGGCCAUUUCUUGGACAACAACUUGCAUGGGAUGCUGCAAUUUACCAUUUAUGAAAUGGAAGGAGAGAAAUGAGGUGCUGCAUACCCAUGUUGUUCCCCUAAAGGAUCAAAUGAUAAAGCCAGUGGUUCUCUGUUGAAGUUCGUGGACAGGCUGCUCUGCAGGAUCAGAAUGCUUGUUUGAGUGAUGCUGAUAAGCCCUCGGGGGAUCGCUGGCCUAAUGGGUUUCAAAAGGAACUGUGGGUUUUGCCUUUAAGGUCAUCUGGUGAUUGGAUUUUGAGUCACUAGUGAAGUUUUGUGGUUUCUUUGGCAUAUUGGCUCCGUCUUGUGUUGGAAUGGCUUGUAUGUGGGUCACGUUUGACAUUUUUAGUUGAGGAAUGAUGUAUAACUUACUUACCUAAAAAAAAAAAAAAGAACAAUGACUGUGAGUGAUCUUCCCUGCUGAUACAAUAUAUAUUAUGGGUAAUUCAUUCUCAACGAUGUUAAUGCCGAUGCUUGGAGCGUAAAUUAAAAGAUACAGCCAACAAACAGUGGGUCAUUAUGGCCUGAUUCAAUGUGGAGCGGAAAUUUCAAAAGGAAAUCAAGAAAACAGAACACAUCUGAAAACACUUGACAUAACAAAUUAAAUUUGGUUCAGGAUCAUCUGUUGCUAACUUGCUUUGGCAGAAAAGUAAUCAUUAAUGCUGCG